AUGUGGGAUUUGUUUUGGGAAACUAGAAAAUUUUCUAAAAAAUUCUCUGUUAAAAAUUUGCGUGUAGCCUCAGUCACCUCAACUAAAGCAGAAUUACUUUGGAAUGAAAUUGAAUGUGAACUUCGUCAUGGACGUAUUAUCGGUUAUGAAUACGAAUUGGAUGAUACAAGCGGGGAAAGUCAAAAUAUAAGUGAACAAUCAACGGCUAGAAGAGUUUCUUUGGAUGGAUUGAUCCCUUUUACUGAAUAUAGAGCUAGAGUGAGAGGAAAAAAUUCGAAAGGGGAAGGGCCGUUUUCUGAAUAUGUUGCUUUUAGAACUUUGCCUGCUGCACCACCUCCACCCACCGAUCUUCGCAUUGAAGAACAACUUGCCCAUGCAUUAGAGAUAUCCUUCUUGCCCCCACACCCACCUAAUGGAAUUUUGGACCAAUACAGAAUUAGAUGGACUCCUCACAAAAAGUUUAAUUAUCGCGAUCAAAAAGUGCCAGCAUAUCAAUUGGAAUGUUCAACACCUCAAAUGAGAGGAAGGCUAUGUUAUAGAAUUACUGGAUUGGAACCGGAACAAGAAUAUGAAAUACAAGCUGCAGCACACACUGAACACGGAGAUUGGGGAGACUGGAGUGAACCUUUGAUUACUCCCACAGGAAUACAAAUAAUUCCCGUAUUAGAAGCGCCUUUAGAACUUGAUUUUGUCCAUUCAACAAGUAUCGGUGUCAGAUGGCGUGGUCUAGAUGAAAAAGACGCUGAACAUAUUGUUGGCUAUAUUCUUGAAUAUAAAUCAGAAGAUGACACAGAUUGGACUGAAUGGAAUGGGGUUGUUAGACAUCGAUCUAGACAACCUGAAUAUAAAGCAACUGUUAAAGGAUUGAUUGAAUCUACUGAAUAUUUCUUUCGAUUGAGGGUUGUUGGAAAAGGUGACAAACGUGGAGGACCUGGACCUGAGUUGAAAGCAAUCACAAAAUGUGGAAAACCAGAACAGCCCCCAGGAAAUGUCCGUAUUGAACCUGUUGAUUUCCAACAAGUCAAAAUUGUCUGGGAACCUCCAGACGAAACCACAUGGAAAUGUGAUCAAGUAAACUUGGCUCUUCAUUAUACAAAUGCAAGUGGCCAACAAAGGACUAUGACAUUUCCUCCAGAUGGACCUAAAGAGGUUUUGUUCGACUCUGUCCCCGGCACUCGUUGGGAGGCAAAAAUGCGCACAGAAACUGUUGAACCUGGAGAAGAACCAAAACAUUCUGGAUGGAGUAACCGAGCAGUUCUCGUCACAAAGGCACCCCCUUCUGAGAUAUUCCUUAAAACAAACGCUCUUGGUCCAACACAGGGAGAAGCAUUUUGGGGACUUCCGGCUGAAUAUGCGGACUGGCCUUGGGGUGUAGAUUUACAAUAUAGAUUGCUUCAAUUGGGUGGUUGCAAAAAAUUAGACAAAUCAAUGACACAACCUGUUGUUCUUGAAAAUGUUCAGGACAAACAUGUUUUGUUAGACAAUCUUUACCCCGGUUCUGAAUACGAAGUGACCGUCACAUUGCGUCAACCACCAGGCUAUGACAGAAGAAUUCCACCUAAAAAAGCUGUUCAACGAUUCAAAACCGAAGAUCAACCCCCAACUGGAGCCCCGCACAAAUUACGAGUUGAAAGCCGUCAAGACACAAAAUUGGGCUUUGGUUGGGAACCACCAGAAUGUUUGGAACAGAACGGAGAAAUUAGUCAAUACGAAUAUGAAUUGGUUGGGUUAGAAGAUUGGAAUCAAGGAACUCGUGAAGGCGUUAGCCCUAGAACGCGCGCAGACAUUGGAGAAUUACAACCUGGAUCUCUUUAUCGUUUUCGUGUUAGGGCAUUUACUUCAGCUGGCCCUGGACCUUGGAGUGAACCUAUUGAUGCUAGAACUACUGGUUCCGAAAUCGGCCCUCCACGUGAUUUAACUGCUCUAAAAACAGCCGAUACAUUUGUGGAACUAGCUUGGCUUCCUCCACAUCCAGAAACAUCGACUAUUACUGCAUAUAGAGUCCGUUAUGGACCUUCAGCUGAUACUUCGAGAACUCAGGAGAUUAUUUUGCGGGGUGACGAAUUAACCUGUUCUGGUUAUGAAAGCUCUUCAGCUAUACUAACAACCGGUGACCGUCUCUGUACAACAGUAACUGGACUAAAACAGCUGAGUACCUACCGAUUCGCAGUUCAAGCCCAAGCAUCAUCAGGAAAUUGGGGGCCUUUUACGCCGGACAUUUUUGCAACAACAAGUUCACCCAUAGUUGGAGAACUCUAUGAAGGAGGAAAUAUAAAAUUGCUCUCAGCUGGACACGACAAUUUAAAAAUUAAAUGGACACCGCCAGGAAUUCUUGCCCCAACAAUUGAUAGAUAUGAAUUGUUAAUUGCAAUGGCUGCUCCUUUGGAAACGGCUAAAAGAUAUGAUACUCCGGGCUCUCAGACUGAUUAUCAUUUUAAGGGAUUAAAUCCUAUUACUUUAUACAACAUAACUGUGAGAGGAUUGCAAGACAACAAAUCAAAGUGGACGAUAUCUGGUACAUUUGCCACUACUGACAAAACCGAACCAACAGAACUUGAUUGGCUUGGACCUCCCACAGAUCUUCGUCUAAUCGAAAAAUCUGACACAAUGCUUCACGUUACAUGGACACCUCCAGAUAUAUUUGAGCCAGAAUAUCGGGAUCUGUUAACACAUUAUCGUGUCACUAUUGCUCCUGUCGAUGAAUAUACAAUGAAAAUGGGGCCUAGAAAGAAUUACACUGUUAUGGGUUGGUGGUUAAUAAUAUAUAGAAAGAUUUUUAGAGUAUUGGAUUAUAUGGCAAAUUAA